CUGGCCGCGGAUUGGUUGAGGCUUUUCGGCGGGUUAAAGUUGGUUCAGUAACGGCCAAAUCUCAGUACCGGGCGGGGAAGCGACAGGUCCAGUGCCGGAAUUGCUUAGCGGUCGUCGGUUUUGUGUAACGCGUCAAGAUGGAGACCGAACCCCUUCAUCCUCUCUUUGAGAACAAGUCCGCAGUGGAUAAAGUCAAGAAAGCUGAUAACAAGCGCCUUUCUGUUGAGAGGAUUUACCAAAAGAAAACUCAGUUGGAGCAUAUCUUGCUCCGUCCUGAUACCUACAUUGGCUCUGUAGAGCCUGUAACACAGCUAAUGUGGGUGUAUGAUACAGAGGAAGGACUAAACUGCAGAGAAGUGACAUUUGUCCCUGGCCUGUAUAAGAUUUUUGAUGAAAUCUUAGUAAAUGCGGCUGAUAACAAACAGAGGGAUCAAAAAAUGUCAUGCAUUAAGGUCACAAUUGACCCAGAGAACAACAUAGUCAGUGUGUGGAAUAACGGGAAGGGUAUCCCUGUUGUUGAGCACAAAGUGGAGAAAGUUUUUGUCCCUGCUCUUAUCUUUGGACAACUGUUGACUUCCAGUAACUAUGAUGACGAGGAGAAAAAAGUUACAGGUGGUCGAAAUGGAUAUGGUGCGAAAUUAUGUAACAUCUUCAGUACAAAGUUUACUGUGGAAACUGCAUGUAGGGAAUACAAGAAAAUUUUUAAACAGACGUGGGGCAAUAACAUGUCUAUUGCUGGGGAGCCUAAAAUCAAGCCUUUUGAUGGGGAAGACUAUACCUGCAUCACUUUUCAACCAGAUCUCAGCAAAUUUAAAAUGCAAAAUUUGGACAAGGACAUUGUGGCACUUAUGUCUCGGAGAGCCUAUGAUGUGGCAGGAGCUGCCAAGGGGGUGAAGGUGUUCCUGAAUGGCAAGAGACUGCCUGUGUCUGGCUUCCGCAGUUAUGUGGAAAUGUAUGUUAAAGAAAAGUUAGAUGAGACUGGUAACCCUUUAAAAGUCGUCCAUGAAUCUGUGAACGAUCGAUGGGAAGUUUGCUUAACUAUGAGUGAAAAGGGCUUCCAGCAAGUCAGCUUUGUCAACAGUAUUGCUACCACAAAGGGUGGUAGACAUGUUGACUAUGUUGCUGAUCAGAUUAUUGCCAAAAUUAUUGAUGUUGUGAAGAAGAAGAAUAAAGGUGGCAUUUCAGUGAAGCCAUUUCAGGUAAAAAAUCACAUGUGGAUUUUUGUGAAUUCACUGAUCGAGAAUCCAACUUUUGACUCUCAGACAAAGGAGAACAUGACGUUGCAAUCGAAAAGCUUUGGAUCUAAAUGUUCUUUGUCAGAAAAAUUCAUUAAAGCAGCAACUGGCUGUGGUAUUGUGGAAAGCAUUUUAAACUGGGUAAAGUUUAAAGCACAAAUUCAGCUGAAUAAGAAGUGUUCUGCAGUAAAGCACACAAAGAUCAAGGGGAUCCCCAAACUAGAUGAUGCUAAUGAUGCAGGCAGCAAACACUCUGGGGAUUGCACACUCAUUCUUACUGAAGGAGAUUCAGCCAAGACAUUGGCUGUUUCUGGCUUGGGUGUUGUUGGAAGAGAUCGCUUUGGUGUGUUCCCGUUGAGAGGCAAACUUUUAAAUGUCCGAGAAGCUUCACACAAGCAAAUUAUGGAGAAUGCCGAGAUAAACAACAUUAUAAAGAUUGUUGGUCUGCAGUAUAAGAAAAACUAUGAAGAUUCAGAGUCCCUGAAAAGUCUUCGCUAUGGAAAGAUCAUGAUUAUGACAGAUCAGGAUCAAGACGGCUCCCAUAUAAAAGGCUUGCUGAUCAACUUCAUACAUCACAACUGGCCGUCACUGCUGAAACACCGUUUUCUGGAGGAGUUCAUCACUCCUAUUAUUAAGGUCACAAAAAAUAAGCAGGAAAUGGCUUUCUAUAGUAUCCCUGAAUUUGAGGAGUGGAAGAACACCACUGACAGUCACAAGACCUGGAAAAUAAAGUACUACAAAGGUCUGGGGACCAGCACGUCUAAAGAGGCAAAAGAAUAUUUUGCGGAUAUGGAGAAACAUCGCAUUCCGUUCAAAUACAGUGGCCCCAUAGAUGAUGCUGCGAUCACCUUGGCCUUUAGCAAAAAAAAAGUUGAUGACCGUAAGGAAUGGCUGACAAACUUCAUGGAAGACAGGAGGCAGAGAAGGCUUCAUGGUUUACCAGAGGAUUACCUAUAUGGAAAAGCCACAAACUACUUGACCUACAAUGACUUUAUUAACAAGGAGCUGAUUCUGUUCUCCAACUCUGACAAUGAACGUUCCAUCCCAUCCUUGGUCGAUGGUUUGAAGCCAGGUCAGAGAAAAGUCCUGUUCACUUGCUUCAAGAGAAAUGAUAAGCGAGAAGUGAAGGUUGCCCAGUUGGCUGGUUCUGUAGCUGAAAUGUCUGCAUAUCAUCAUGGUGAGACUUCCCUGAUGAUGACUAUAAUAAACUUGGCCCAGAACUUUAUGGGCAGCAACAAUAUCAACCUCUUGCAACCUAUAGGUCAGUUUGGUACUAGAUUGCAUGGUGGUAAAGAUGCUGCCAGCCCUCGAUACAUCUUCACAAUGCUAAGCACACUUGCCCGUCUUCUCUUUCCCGUCAUGGAUGACAGUGUCCUUAAGUUCAUAUAUGACGAUAACCAGAAGGUUGAACCUGAGUGGUAUAUUCCCAUUAUACCCAUGGUACUGGUAAAUGGUGCGGAGGGGAUUGGCACUGGUUGGUCUUGCAAAAUCCCUAAUUAUGAUGUUCGUGAGAUAGUAAACAAUAUCCAGAAAAUGUUGGCUGGUGAGGAGCCUCAACCUAUGCUCCCAAGCUACAAGAACUUCAAAGGCGUCAUCCAAGAGCUUGGUCCAAACCAGUACAUAAUCAAUGGUGAGAUUUCAGUGUUAGAUUCAACCACUAUUGAAAUCUCUGAGCUCCCAGUCAGGACAUGGACACAGAAUUACAAAGAGCAAGUGCUGGAACCUAUGUUGAAUGGGACAGAAAAGACUCCUGCACUGAUCACUGACUACAAAGAAUAUCACACAGACACCACAGUCAAGUUCAUUAUUAAGAUGACAGAGGAGAAGUUGACUCAGGCCGAAGCUGCUGGCUUGCACAAAGUCUUUAAGCUUCACACCCCCCUUACCUGUAACUCUAUGGUUCUCUUUGACCACACAGGAUGUCUGAAGAAAUAUGAAACUACUCUUGAUAUUUUGCGCGAGUUUUAUGAACUGCGACUUCGCUUUUACGGUCUAAGGAAGGAGUGGUUGCUGGGAAUGCUCACUGCUGAAGCCUCUAAGCUGACCAAUCAGGCUCGCUUUAUCCUGGAAAAGAUCGAGGGCAAAAUUGUCAUUGAAAACAAGCCAAAGAAAGAACUUAUCCAGAUGUUGCAGCAGAGGGGUUAUGACUCUGAUCCAGUCAAAACAUGGAAACAAACUCAAGAAAAGGAAGAAGCUGGAGAGUUGAUUGAAGAAGAAGAAGCUGAAGCUACGGGCACUGGGCCAGAUUACAACUAUCUCCUGAAUAUGCCUAUGUGGUAUUUGACCAAAGAAAAGAAAGAUGAGCUGUGCAAGCAGAGAGAUACUAAGAUUGCAGAGCUUAAGGAUCUCCAAAGGAAGUCUCCUCCUGAUUUGUGGAAAGCAGACCUUGCUGCUUUUGCUGAAGAACUGGAUCGUGUUGAAGAAAAGGAUCGACUGGAGGAACAGCUUGGCAUUCAAGGCAAGGUGGUGAAGGGCAAAAGUGGAAGACCACAGAUGAAAAAGAUGCAGUUACAGGAGAUCUUGCCAUCACCCCAUGGGAGACGCAUCAUUCCUAGGAUCACAACAGCUAUGAAAGCAGAAGCUACGAAGAAGGUCCGAAAGAGAAUUAAGGAUGAAGACGUUGCUAAGAAGAUGGACUUUGGAGAUGACGAACAGCAGGAGAGCCCUGAGAACAGCCCGCAGAAUAGUCCUGAAAGCAUGUCUCUUACAGAAAGACUGGGCAAAAAAGUGAAAGCGGAGCCAGGCACAAAAGCAAUCAAAGGCAAGAAGCAGGCAACACUGCCAUUUAAACCGGUGAAAAAUGAGUCUAAAAGCCGCCUUAUGGAUUCAGACAGUGACUCUGAGCCAGAGGUGGUGGCUCCACGUGCUGUCCAGCCAAGACGGGCUGCUGCAAAUGUAAAGUAUGUAAUGGAUUCAGAUGAUGACAACACGAAUAAGCCUCCUGAAGAUAGUGAUAUUGACAGUGAUGCUCAGUUUGACCCCUGCGCACUUUCAGAUGAGUCUUUUGAAGUUCCCAAACCAGCCAAAAAGACUAAAGUGGUUGCCAAAAAGACUAAGAAAGAUCCAAGUCCAGACAAAGUUAAAGAAGCUGUUCCCGAAAAAGCACCAACAUUGUCCAAACCAGUGACAUCAGUUAUUGUCGACAGUGAUGAUGAGGCUCCAAUUAAACCACCAGUAACAGAGGUCACUGCACCAGCAGCCACCAAGAAAAAACUUCAUCCUGCACCAAAAAAAGCAGAUGGAGAGGAAGCUGCUCCUAAAAAGCGUAGCAAGAAGGCGGCAUCCACUGCUACAAAGAAGGCAAAUGUAAAGUAUCUAAUGGAUUCAGAUGACGACAACACGAAUAAGUCUCCUGAAGACAGUGAUAUUGACAGUGAUGCUCAGUUUGACCCCUGCGCGCUUUCAGAUGAUGAUGAGUCUUUUGAAGUUCCCAAACCAGCCAAAAAGACUAAAGUGGUUGCCAAGAAGACUAAGAAAGAUCCAAGUCCAGACAAAGUUAAAGAAGCUGUUCCAGAAAAAGCACCAACAUUGUCCAAACCAGUGACAUCAGUUAUGGUCGACAGUGAUGAUGAGGCUCCAAUUAAACCACCAGUAACCGAGGUCACUGCACCAGCAGCCACCAAGAAAAAACUUCAUCCUGCACCAAAAAAAGCAGAUGGAGUGGAAGCUGCUCCUAAAAAGCGUAGCAAGAAGGCGGCAUCCACUGCUACAAAGAAGGAUCAACCAUCCAUCUUGGAAGCGCUGACCAAGCCAAAGCCACCUGCCAAGACAACAAAACCACGCAAGAGGAAGAACUCAGAUUCUGACUCUGAUUCAGAUUUUGGUAUUAAGAAAACUAAACCAUCAAAGAAAUCAAAGGCAGUGGAUGACGAUGACUUUGAAUUGAGCAAAGACCUUUCGGAUUCAGAGGCCGGUGCCAGCAUUGCACCAGCUCGAUCCAGAACUGCUCGUGCAAAGAAGCCUAUGACUUAUAUAGAGGAUUCUGAUGAUGAUGACAUGUUCUAAUCCCUUUCCACACCGCUAUGUUUCUUGCUAACAGAUGAAGGCAGCUAGUAACUUUUCAAUAGCACUGCACAAAGGAAGAUCUUAUCAGUAUCUCACAAGAUGUUCUGCUGAAAAGUGACAUUUGUUUAUUCUAAAAUCUAAGAAUAGUUUUAAGCUUGUUGGGUUUUAGGCACUGCCAAGUUAUUUAUUACCACCCGCAUAUUUAUAACGACUCCAAAGUCUCUGUGGGUGUUCGGGCUGUUGGCAGUUUUUGACAUUUGUUCUGUUGGUACCCGCUCUUGAGAAUUUACAUAGAUUUUAAUCUUCUUUAUAUUCUCCAGCUGUAGCUCUGUACAGUAGUGAGUCUUUUGAGAAUCAGUCUGACUUUUUGACCUACAGGGGGGUAUUUUUAGAGUUUAGUCAGCCAGUUGGUAUAUGUCAUGUUUGCUGAUAAGUAUCUCAUUGAUACAGAUUUUAUUCGUCAACUGCACAUGGUCUCUUGAGAGGCACUUGCAUAUAUUUUUAUGUUGUCUGUACUGUCAUUCUAUUUGUCCGUUUUUCUUAACACUUUGUAAUAAAGACCCAAAAAGAA